AUGUCUCCACUCAGCAGUGCCAACAUCACGUAUCCCCUCAGCAGUACCAACAUAAUGUCUCCACUCAGCAGUGCCAACAUCACGUAUCCCCUCAGCAGUACCAACAUCAUGUCUCCACUUAGCAGUGCCAACAUCAUGUCUCCCCUCAGCAGUGCCAACAUCAUGUCUCCCCUCAGCAGUGCCAACAUCAUGUCUCCCCUCAGCAGUGCCAACAUCAUGUCUCCCCUCAGCAGUGCCAACAUCAUGUCUCCCCUCAGCAGUGCCAACAUCAUGUCUCCCCUCAGCAGUGCCAACAUCAUGUCUCCCCUCAGCAGUGCCAACAUCAUGUCUCCCCUCAGCAGUGCCAACAUCAUGUCUCCCCUCAGCAGUGCCAACAUCAUGUCUCCCCUCAGCAGUGACAACAUCAUGUCUCCCCUCAGCAGUGCCAACAUCAUGUCUCCCCUCAGCAGUGCCAACAUCAUUAUCUCCCCUCAGCAGUGCCAACAUCAUUAUCUCCCCUCAGCAGUGCCAACAUCAUGA